GGGAGGGAGAGAGUCCAUUGCCCUUGCAUUGUCGUAUUGUCAUCAUGAUGAAACAAUGGGCUCCUCUCAUCAGAGAAACCAACGCAAGUGAAAUUGAGUAUUCCAAUUCGGUUUCAUUUUCUCCGCGUCGCGUCUCUUUCUUUCUCUCUUGGCAGGCACGGGAGAGGGAGCGAGCGAGCGAGAGUUCAGAGCGGUAGAGAGAGUGAGACGAACGAACAUCGAAGAAACGUACAUGUAGAGAGAGGGUGAAGGAGAAAGAGGAAGAGGAAGAGGAAGAGGAAGAGAGGAAGUUUUUUUUGUUGUGUUUUGGCUUCAAUUCAAGCACCCAUCGGCUAGUUUUCGUCUCGAUCAUAUCCCCGGAUUUGACAUUCAAUUUUGGUUCGGAUGUACAUUAGAUAGACAUAUAUUAAAUCUUUCUAUAUCUGUUCCUUCAAACCCUUCUGUGCAAUCAAUCAAUUCGAUACCUUCUCGACCCACCACUUGCAUUACCUUCGUAACGCACCGCGGAAACUCUCUGAAACCCUUGCCCCAAUGUUCUACCCUCGAAUUCCUCUUCAGGGUUUGAUUUAGAAGUAUAAUUGGCCGUGGAAGAAUUGUAGACAUAUCUGGUGAUAACCAUAUGGGCGAUCUUCAAGUUUGUUCUCGACGGCCGGACGGCGUCGUGACCGAAGAUCGCCCGUUUCCUAUUCAGUUCUCGUCGGCGAACCCUGAUCCCUCGUCAAUUGGGGAAGAUAGUUGGGCUGUAGCUGAUCAAACUAUCCAGGAAGUGAUACGCUGCGUUCACCCCACUUUGGACACUGACGAGAAGAGGCAGGAUGUCAUUGAACAUGUCCAGAAUCUCAUCAGAUGUUCGCUUGGAUGCGAGGUUUUCCCAUAUGGCUCUGUGCCACUAAAGACCUAUCUUCCUGAUGGAGAUAUUGACUUGACUGCCCUUAGCUUUCCUUCUGUUGAGGAAACUCUGGCCCUUGAUGUACUUGCUGUUAUGCAAGGAGAAGAGCAGAAUCAAAAUGCUGAGUAUCAAGUGAAGGAUACACAAUUCAUCGAUGCUGAGGUUAAACUUGUGAAAUGUCUAGUGCAGAAUAUUGUGAUAGACAUCUCCUUCAAUCAAUUAGGAGGCCUCUGCACUCUGUGUUUUCUUGAGCAGGUAGAUCGUCUUGUUGGCAAAGAUCAUCUCUUCAAACGCAGCAUAAUGCUGAUAAAGGCUUGGUGCUAUUAUGAAAGCCGUAUCCUUGGUGCCCAUCAUGGCUUAAUUUCUACAUAUGCUCUGGAGACACUGGUCUUGUAUAUUUUCCAUCUCUUCCACUCAUCACUGAAUGGACCUCUGGCGGUUCUUUAUAAAUUUUUGGAUUAUUUUAGCAAAUUUGAUUGGGAAAACUACUGUAUCAGUUUGAAAGGUCCUGUUAUCAAAUCUUCCCUGCCUGAUAUAGUUGUUGAGAUGCCAGAAAAUGUAGGAGAUGAUUUGAUGCUUAAUGAAGAAUUUCUUAGAAACUGUAUGGACAUGUUCUCGGUUCCAUCAAGGGGGCUUGAAACAAACUUGCGUGCAUUUCCACAAAAGCAUCUAAAUAUUAUUGAUCCAUUGAAAGAGAAUAACAACCUCGGGCGCAGUGUUACAAGAGGUAAUUUCUACCGGAUACGUAGUGCUUUCAAGUAUGGGGCCCGCAAGCUUGGUCGAAUCCUUUUGUUACCAAGAGAAAGAAUUGGAGAUGAGGUCAAGAGGUUCUUCGCAAACACCCUGGAGAGGCAUGGACAUAAAUCUAGCAACUUAUCCUCAUCAUCUCAUUCCAGAACGUUCUCUGAGGAAAAGAUUGAGCUGAACUUGUUGAAUCUGGAUUUGGAUGAUAAUAUACCAAUAGAGGGAGAUAGUGAACUAGACAGAUACAUGAUGAAAGAUGAUUCUUCGCCAAUGCUGUCAAAAAUGGAUUGUUCAAGAGAUGAGGAUGGUGUUUCAGAUACACAACUAGCUCAAGAAGAGAAUUUGAGAAAUGCAAAUCAUAUAUCUGAUUGUUCACCAUCAAGUUGCAACUUCAUUGAUUUCUGUUUCUCUGGAUUGCCUAGAGGAAAUGGGAUGCUAUGUGAAGAAAAUACAGCAAACAUUGUUGAUAAGAGGAUGAUUUCUGAUUUAUGGAUGGAUAACAGAGAGGAGCACUUGUGGGACAAUGCUGCAGCCUGUUCAUGUAGCAGUCCUCCUGAGGGUCUGAGUGCUAGUGGUUCAGGAAUUUCGAGUCCUGAUGGCAAUAUGUUGGAACGUUUGCCCCUGGAUUUUAGAGAAAAGUAUUUGGCUGAUAUUGCUGGGAGCCCAGAAAGCGUAAAUCCCUUGUUAGACCUUACUGGGGAUUAUGAUAGUCACAUACGAAGCUUGCUAUAUGGUCAGUGUUGCCAUGGAUAUGCUUUAUAUGCACCUUUAUUGUCCAAUCCUGCCGUGUUUCCUUCUCAGUUUGAAAAUAGAAGACCAUGGGAGACCAUUCAUCGGCCAAUGCCUCUCAACCAGAAUGAAGCGAACACAAAUGGUAUGGUUGUGGGAUUGAUGCAUAAUCCAAUUAACAAUAAUGGUGCAGUCAUGGGACUCAUGCAUAAUCCCAUGCCAUUGAAUUUUGCUUUGGUUUCAGAAGAAAACCAUGAAGCACGAGGAACUGGCACAUACUUUCCCAAUUCGAAUGGUUAUCCAAGCAUAGCGGCCUCACAAUGGAGGCAGAGGAAUCGGGCAACUGGAAAUCAUGGUCAGUUCAAAAGACCAACUCACAACCUUGGCUCCGUCCCCACAGUACCUGAGAAGAAGUCAUCAGAGGAAGGUACCAAUAUGCUUCCACAUGCAAGAUCCCCAGAUAUAUCCGACGGGAAGUCUGGAUCGUUACGCCAGCCUACUGACCCUGUGCCAAACGAAUCCCAUUCUGCUGGUUUGUCCGUUUUACCUCAGAAACUGGCAUUUGGAUCAUUUGGGGAUCUGACAGAAGGCUGCAGUCGGCCAGCUUCAGACAAUUGUGAGGGUUGGAUCUCCUCUCCAGGACCAUUGCAGGGUUCAAAAACAGUAUCGAUUAAAAAUCAGGGAAGUUAGGGCCGUGGCUAACGUGGGAUUGCGUCCAGGCAAGUAGGGAAGAACAUUUAUUUUUUUCCCCCCUAUUUUUUACGCAUUCAUGGUGUAGAAAGAACCUAUGUUUUGGCUUCUCAGGGUUGCAAAGCAGGCUUUCAAUCUUAGGAAUGAGCAAAGCAGGCUUUCAAUCUUAGGAAUGAAGAUGACUUCCCUCCUUUAGCCAUCGAGUGCCUUUGCAAGGAUGGAUCAGUACAUAGAUAAGGAGCAGCCCAGAAAAUACGAAAAAGAAGAAGAAGAAGAAGAAGAAGAAGAAGAAGAAAACAAAAGAAAGUGAGGAAGCAAAAGGCCAUAGAUCCUGGUAGUGGUACCGGUCUUAAGAUUUAGAGAGAAAAAUCCUUUAGAACUUGACCAUAGCAAAAAGUUUUGGUGGUGGUUGGUGUGAAGUGUGGACUUGGUAGUUGUACAUUCUUCUGCACCUCAUUCCUCACCUCCUUUACAUUCCCAUUCACGGGCGCUGGCAUUACAGAAUGCAGACUUCCAGUGAGUAGGACUACAGAAGAUGGUGUUGAUCUAUAUAUGCUGGAUAUUGAGCUCUCAGCCUAGACUUGUUCAAACUGUCCCAACUCCAAAGUACUAACAUUUGGCUUUGUUGUUUAGAUUCUGCUAGUUUUGAUCCCCACAUCCUCCCAAAAAGAAAAAAAACUUUGUAUUGUGCAUACCGAAACUUCGGGUUUUGGAUACGUAGGUAUGAUGCCAAAGGCUUAGGACAUGAAGCAGACUGACUUAUUUCAUACUAUUUAUGUGGAUGCAUGCAAGUUGCAG